AUGGGAACUGGGAAGACUUUACUCUGUCGUCAGUUAUUGAGAUAUGCACACACCUUUAAUCCCGUGAUUUCUUAUUAUGUCCAUACUGUACAGCAUCAUAUUUUGAUUACAUGGAGAGCCGUCGAAAAAGCCUGUAUUACUCUUGAAGUUGAAUAUUCUCAACAUAAACAUCACUUCGACGCUCUCAAUGAGUUUCGGCAUAAAGAAACUCUGAAAGAUCAUAUUCUUGAAGCAAUUUUCAAGCUGGCAGCAUCAGGAUUACUCGAGGAAUGCCAGACAAAAAGUCGACAUUUAAAACUGCCUUACAACUAUGAAUAUUUCGUUAAUAAUAUGAAACGAAUGUUGGAUGCGAAGUACAUCCCGACCGAGCAAGAUCUACUGAAUUCAGUAGGAUUCACUCAAUACCACUUAUUGGAGCUACCAGGUCAUCACUUGUUUAGAAGACGGUGGCAAGAUUUCUUCAAAUAUACUGCGGCUGUUUUUUUUUUGGUCGACUUGAGCGAACUCUGCGAUGAGGCGUUUUAUCAUGGCCAUUUGAAAGGAAAAACUGUUCAAAUUUUCAACAAUUUACUGCCCAGUCCUGUUCUACGAGAUGCAGGACUGAUUGUGCUCUUUAACAAGAAAGACAAAUUCUUAGAACUUUCUGCUAAUAUGGCAUGGAGUAAUCUAGCUCAGCAUAUUCGAAACAAUACAGAAGCUUUGUCUUUUUAUCGAUCUCAAUUCAUAACACUUUUACCCAAAGGACGGAGUUAUCAUCACACAGUAAGCUUGAUUUCUGCAAAAAGUUCUGCCACAAUGAGUGAAUCCCUGAACACAAUUAUGAAAAAUAAUAAAGAAAACAUGAAACCAUUGUAA